AUGGAAGAAGAGAGCCGAAUUGGGGACGAGCUUUCGAUUUCGCUUCUCACGGCGGAGCGCCUCCGUGUAUCGGUUGAUGAAUCCGAAUCUUUCAAAACAGAGUGCUCUGAAGUUGGUAAACAAGUAGAUCGGCUUGCUCAAAUGCUCAGAACACUUGUUCGUCUUGUCUCCAGUUCUCAACAAGUUUACGAUCGGCCGAUUCGUCGAGUUAUCGUCGAUGUUAAGAAGAAUCUCGAACGAGCUUUUUCCCUUGUUCGCAAGUGUAGAAGACACAACGUGAUCCGGCGAGUUUGUACUAUCAUCAACGCAGCCGAUUUUCGUAAGGUGAUUAAUCUUCUCGAAUCUUCUAACGGUGACGUGAAAUGGAUUCUGAGUGUGUUUGAUUCCGACGGAGAUGGAAGUUUCGGAGGUGGAAUCGUGAUUUCGCUCCCACCGAUUGCUACGAAUGAUCCGAUUCUUCCUUGGGUUUGGUCUUUGGUCGCGUCGAUACAGAUGGGGAAAUUGGUAGAUAAAAUCGAAGCAGCGAAUCAGCUUGGUUCGCUUGCUGGAGAUAACGAUCGGAACAAGAAGAUCAUUGUAGACGAAGGUGGUGUUUCUCCUUUGCUAAAGCUACUUAAGGAGAGUUCAUCGACGGAGGCGCAAAUCGCGGCGGCUACUGCUUUAGGGUUUUUGGCUUGUGAUGAGGAUAAGGUUAGGUCUAUUGUUAAUCAACUUGGUGUUCCGAUUAUUGUUCAAGUACUUGGGGAUUCUCCGGUUAGAGUUCAGAUUAAGGUAGCUACAUUGGUUGCAAGAAUGGCGGAAUUCGAUCCGGUUGCUCAAGAUGAGUUUGCUAGACAGAGUGUGAUUAAGCCUCUAGUUACGCUGCUUUCGCUUGACGUAUUUGUCGAUGAUCUGCAGUUGAGUAAGCAUAAUAGUAUUCAUUCACUUGUUCAGAUGAACAAAGACAUUGAGAAAGAUCCAUCCGUGAAAAUUUAUAGGCCGUAUAAGAGUUCGAAGUCGAAUGUGUAUCGUGACAUUGGGGGUAGUGGUAGUAGAACAGGGAAUGUCAAGAAGGAGAGGGAUAAUGAGAAUCCGGAAGUUAAACAUGAGCUUAAGGUUAAUUGCGCGGAAGCUCUAUGGAUGCUUGCUAGAGGGAAUGUAGCAAACAGUAGGAGAAUAACCGAGACGAAAGGGUUGCUUUCUUUGGCGAAGAUAGUGGAAAAGGAAGUUGGAGAAUUGCAAUACAAUUGUUUGAUGACUCUUAUGGAGAUAACCGCUGCUGCAGAGUCGAGCGCUGACCUUAGACGAGCAGCUUUUAAGACCAAUUCACCGGCUGCUAAAGCUGUUAUUGACCAGCUGCUGUUAAUAAUCAAAGAAGUCGAUAGCCCGAUUCUGAAAAUCCCAGCGAUUCAAUCGAUUGGGUCAUUGGCUAGGACAUUCCCCGCUAGAGAAACAAGGAUGAUUGAGCCAUUGGUCAAGAAACUGGGUAGUAGCAACCAAGAAGUGGCGAUAACAGCUGUAAUUUCAUUGCAGAAAUUCGUCUGUCCCGAGAAUUUCCUCUGCACAGAACACUCGAAGAACAUAAUCGAAUACGGGGCAAUCCCGUUACUGAUGAAACUAAUAAGGAACUUCGAGCAGCAAGUGCAGUUACAGUGCCUGGUUCUGCUGUGUUACCUUUCAAUGAAUGCUAGUAACCAUGAGCAAUUGGAACAGGCCAAGGUUUUAACGGUCCUCGAAGGUGCAGAACGCUUGGCGAGUCUACAGAAUCCGGAGUUGAGAGAACUUGUAUCAAAAGCAAUAUAUCAGCUAAGUUUAUACAAUGCAGGAAGUCACAGUCAAAUGCUAUCGUAUGUUGGUCCUUAA